AUGGAACUUGUAUAUCAAUAUACAAAGAGAAGAUGUGAUUUCGGGCGACAGCCUUUAUUCUGCGAACAGGGCCCGGAGAUGUGCGACAGCAUCGCGGUGACGCCGGCGGAGCACAAGCUGUACAUCCUGCGCAACCCGGUGCACCAGGCCACGCAGAACACGCCCUGCUUCUCCGAACACCACAUCAACACUAUCCGAGCUGAGUAUUCCACGACCGGCGCCAACCACGCGGAGGGCGGCUGGCCGAAGGACGUGAACAUCCUGGACCCCGAGGCCACGCAGCGCUACCGCCGCAAGAUCGAGAAAGACGACAACUACAUCCACUGCGUCAUGGCGCUCGCGCCGGGGAUGGAUCACUACGUGCUACAAAAUAAUGCAAUCGAUAUGUACCGCACGUACUAUGCCGAGAUGGGAGGAGUGGCGCCGCGAGAGCGAAACAGCGUGCGCACGGUGAACGUGUACCGCGAGGCGGCGCGCCGGCCCGUGAGCUCGGUGUCGUGGCAGCCGGAGGGCGGCCACCGGUUCGCCGUCACCUACGUCGACGUCGACUUCAACCGCAAGCCCCGCUCUCACGUCAAGUCCUACAUCUGGGACAUUGAGAACGCUAACCAUCCUGAGCUCGCUUUGACUCCACCGUGCUGCCUACUGGACCUACAGUUCAGUCCUCGUGACAUCAACAUUCUUGCCGGCGGGCUGAUGAACGGGCAAGUGGGCUACUGGGACCGGCGCGUGGGCGGCGCGGCGGUGGGCGUGUGUCCCCCACACGUCGCCCACCGCGACCUGGUGCGCAACGUGCUUUUUAUCAACUCCAAGUCUGGGAUGGAAUUCUUCUCGAGUGGGCCCGAUGGUGCCUGCAAAUGGUGGGACAUGCGCAACCUCAGCGAGUACACGGACGAGAUGAUCAUGGACGUGGUGAAGUCGUCGUUCGACGUCCAGAGCAUGGCCACGGCCAGCGGCGUCAGCUGUUUGGAGUACGAGCCCACCAUCCCCACGCGGUUUAUGGUCGGCACCGAGAAUGGCUUCGUCAUUUGCGGCAACCGGAAAGGCAAGACGCCAAUGGAGAAACUACCAGCUAAGAUCGAAGCACACAACGGGCCAGUGCUCUCUCUGGAGCGCAACCCCGGGUUCCUGAAGAACUUCCUGACGGUGGGCGACUGGACGGCGCGCGUGUGGAGCGAGGACUGCCGCGAGUCCGCUAUCAUCUUUUCCCCGCCGCAGCGCCAGCGCCUCACGGCCGGCACCUGGAGCCCCACGCGGCUCUCACUCAUGGUGCUGACGCAGUGGAACGGCGUGGUGUCGCUGUGGGACCUGCUGCGGCGCCAGCACGAGCCCGCCAUCACCAUGCAGGUGUGCGACGAGCCGCUGCUCAGGGUCUCCAUACAGGAAGCGGGUACCUUGGCAGCGAUCGGUAGUCAAAAAGGAAACAUCUAUAUGGUGGAAUUAUCUCAAAUGUUGACACAAUCCGACAAGAACGACAAGCCGCUACUAACCGCGAUGUUUGAGCGCGAAAGCAAGCGCGAGCGCAUUCUGGAGGCGCGCCUGCGCGAGAUCAGGCUGAAGAUGCGGCAGGCGGAGGAGGGCUCGCCCGUGCCCUCCACCACCGACAUGGACGCCGCCAUCGGCGACAAGGACCUGGCCGAGGCCACGCAGGACUUCAUGCAGAUCGUUAAGAAAGAGCUCGCCUCUAUGUAG